CGUCGAUCCUGCUGGUUGAUCCCAACUUCCGGUGAAAGGGAAGCAGAUUUACUCAGAGCAGGCCCCGUCGUUCACUAACCCGUGGGUUGUCGAACCGGGUCUCGGGGGGUGGGUUACUAAUCAUGGCUUUGUGAUAGCGAACAGUCGCCCAAUCAACACCGUCAAAGUAAACAGAAGAUUUCUGCGUCGGACUUUGUUCUUUGCUGUGAGCUACAGGGCCAGAGCCACAGGUUUGAGUGCUAGCGCGCGACGGUCAGAGCUAGCCAGCUAGCUUCCAGAGCAGUCAACCGAUAGCCUCUAAAUUAGACCCUGGUGUCGGUUUCAACAUGUCAACUGCCGGGUUCAACUCACAGAAUGGAACCGGGACGGGACAGACCUACGCGAACGGCCCGUCUCAGAAUCCGGUUUCUCUGCAGCAGCCGCCGGGGGUCGGAUACGGCAUGAACCACCAACCGUCCUACAAUCCGAUGCAGGCCAAAGCUCCGGGACCGCCUGGCCCUGGCCCUUACCCCUUUGGGCAGUAUCAGCCCGUUAGUUCCCAUCAGCCAGGCCCACAACUCAGUUCUUACCCGGCUGCUCCCGGCCAGCCGCUGCUGUCCAGGCCUCCGAUGGGUGGCCAUCCAUCCUACACCCCUCCUCAAUCUGCCAGCCCCAGCCCUGGUCCCAGGUUGCCCCCGGCGCAGGCCACACCCCCUCCUCCUCCUCCUGCCGCGACCUCCACCAGCUACUACCCAAACCCCCCUCAGCCGAUGGCCUCAGCAUGGCAGUACAACGCAGCUUCAGCCUCUUCCAUGAGCACACCUCCCAGGGGCUCUGUGGCAAAUCACGUGAAUCCAGCUGCAAGCUUAGCUGCACCGUCGCCGCCGUCGUCGGCUGCUUACAGCUCCGCACCACCACCACCGCCACCCCCCCACAUGUCGCAUAGCCCCGCCCAGCCCUCAGGUCCAGGACUCCCUCCCACUUCUAUGCAUGGAUACACUCAGCCAGGCACUGCCCCUCCACCAAUGAAUCCUAUGGUUCCUAACACAUACCAGCCCAACAGACCUGCCUAUGGUCCUCCACCUGCAGGACCGCCACCAACCAUGAAACCCACGCCGCCCCCCGCUGGGCCCCCAAUGACCAGCGGCACACCUCCACCUCCCAAAACCGAUGCUCAGUGCUGGGGGGCUGUCAACAGCGCUCUCCCCCCCGCUGAGCCCGACUUCCAGGAAGGAGAUAUUGAAUGUCCAGGAGACGUGGCGGGGAAUGGCCCACAAGCACCAAACAGCUAUAAUCAUGUGGACAGCAGGAUGGCUGCUCCGACUCAGCCCGGCCCACCUGGUCGGCACUUGGGCCACUACCCCUCCCUCCCCCCAGGGUACCAGAACACCUCAGCCCCUCCUGCGCCCUCCUCCUUUCACCCAGCAGGUCAAGCUGCCACGCAGCCUUACACUCAAGGACCCCAGCCGUACCAACAGCCGCCCGGUGGUCCCGGUCCGGCCCAGCUGAGCUCAUCUCUGGCAGCCAUGAGCCUCCAGUCCAGCACGCCCGAGGCUCUGAGAGUGGUCAACCUGCUGCAGGAGAGGAACCUGCUGCCAGCAAACCCAGUUCCUGCCCCGACACCCUGCCUCACCCAGGACCUGCAGAAGCUCAACUGCAACCCAGAGGUCUUCCGUUGUACGCUGACCAGCAUCCCUCAGACUCAGUCUUUGCUCAAUAAGGCCAAGUUGCCCCUGGGCCUGCUGCUCCACCCCUUUAAAGACCUCUCGCAACUUCCUGUGGUGACGUCUAGCACCAUCGUCAGGUGUCGGUCCUGCAGAACCUACAUCAACCCGUUUGUGUCUUUUCUGGACCAGAGGAGAUGGAAGUGCAACUUGUGUUAUCGAGUAAAUGACGUCCCAGAAGAGUUUAUGUACAAUCCAGUGAGCAGAUCGUACGGCGAGCCGCACAAAAGGCCAGAAGUCCAGAACGCCACUAUUGAGUUCAUCGCUCCUUCAGAGUAUAUGCUGAGGCCUCCGCAGCCUGCAGUUUAUCUGUUCGUCCUGGACGUGUCUCACAACGCAGUGGAGACAGGUUACCUGAGUGUCUUCUGUCAGUCACUGCUGGACAACAUCAAUGCGCUUCCCGGAGACUCGCGGACAAAGGUCGGCUUUAUCACCUUCGACAGCACCAUCCACUUCUACAACCUCCAGGAGGGACUUUCACAGCCACAGAUGCUCAUUGUUUCCGACAUUGAAGAUAUCUUUCUACCAACACCAGACAGCCUUCUAGUAAACCUCAAUGAAUCCAAGGAGCUUGUGCAGGAUCUGCUGAAGAGCCUGCCGAAUCUCUUUGAGAAGACGAUGGAGACCCAGUCUGCUCUGGGUUCAGCUCUGCAAGCAGCCUUCAAGUUGUUGUCGCCCACCGGAGGGCGGAUGUCAGUGUUUCAGACCCAGCUGCCCAACCUGGGCGUGGGAGCACUGCAGUCCAGAGAGGACCCCAACCAGCGAGCGUCUGUCAAGGACGUGCAGCACUUGUCCCCAGCAACAGACUUCUACAAGAAGCUGGCCCUGGACUGUUCUGGCCAGCAGGUGGCAGUAGACCUGUUCCUGCUCAGCUCUCAGUACUGUGACCUGGCUUCACUUGGAUGCAUAUCCAGGUACUCGGCAGGGACCGUUUAUUACUACCCCUCAUACCACCAUCAGCACAACCCAGAUCAGGUGGAGCGCUUCCAGAGGGAUCUGAAGAGAUAUUUAACGCGAAAAAUCGGCUUUGAGGCCGUCAUGAGAAUACGUUGCACCAAAGGUUUGUCCAUCCACACGUUCCACGGGAACUUCUUUGUGCGCUCCACGGAUCUGCUGUCCCUCCCCAACGUCAACCCGGACGCCGGCUUCGCAGUCCAGAUGUCCAUCGAGGAAAACCUGGACGACAUGCAGGUCGUCUCCUUCCAGGCUGCACUGCUUUACACCUCUAGCAAAGGAGAAAGGAGGAUUCGGGUGCACACCAUGUGCCUCCCUGUCGUCAAUUCUCUGUCGGACGUGUUUGCUGGAGCUGACGUUCAGGCCAUCACUGGACUGCUGGCUUGCAUGGCUGUGGACCGUUCGGUGACGGCCAGUCUGAGCGACGCCAGAGAUGCCAUGACCAACGCCGCCAUCGACUCGCUGACUUCGUACCGACAGGCUGUGCUGACCAUCCAGCAGCCCGGCCUGUUGGCUCCCGCCUGCCUCAGACUCUUCCCGCUCUACAUCCUGGCGCUGCUCAAACAGAAAGCCUUCAGGACAGGAACCAGUACCAGGCUGGAUGACCGGGUCUUUGCCAUGUACCAGCUGAAGUACCAGCCGCUGGUCUUCUCAAUGCUGAUGAUCCACCCGGCUCUGUAUCGAAUCGACGAUCUGACCGAUGAGGGAGCGCUAAACAUCAACGACCGGACCAUCCCGCAGCCCCGGGUCCUGCAGCUGUCGGUGGAGAAGCUCAGCAGGGAGGGAGCGUUCCUCAUGGAUGCUGGAAUCGUGAUGUACCUUUGGAUCGGACGCAACUGCCACCCCAACUUCCUCUCGCAAGUCCUGGGGGUUCCAAACUACGCUGCUGUGCCUGAGAAACUGCAUCUCCUCCCAGAACUGGACACUGCAGAGUCGCAGAGAACCAGAGCUUUCAUUAGCUGGCUCAGGGAUCAGAGGCCGUUCUUCCCCUCCCUCCACAUAAUCAGGGACGAGAGCCAGCUGAAACCCCACUUUAUGCAGAACAUGAUCGAAGACCGAACAGAGUCGGCCCUGUCGUACUACGAGUUCCUUCUCCACCUCCAACAGCAAAUCUCCAAAUAAUCAGCAGCGAGCGUCUGUGUUGGGACAUUCACCGUGUGUAUGAGUGUGUGUGUGUGUGUAUUUGCGUCAGGGCGUGUGUGUUUAAAGCAGAACGAGGCGCGCUCUACAAAGCCUCCAGUUUGACCAUCAUCUGCUAGAAGAACCGGAGCGGACGCGGCGCUUCGAGGACGGACGGACGGACGUCGCGGACUAGACUCUGACACAAUCUGGCACUUUUCUGACCAGCUGUAUCAGUAUGUUGGAGGAAAGCAAAAGAAAGAAGAAGAUGAUCAUAAUGUCAUUUAUUGAAUGAAUCAGUGUUUUUUUUUUUUUUUUUUCCUCAUAGAACAAUGCUGCCACACCGAGGUAUCGUUCAGAUACAGCACAGGCAGGGCGGGCGUCUUUAGUGUUUCUUUGUUCAGAGUACAUUUGUCUUUACUAACACGAAUCAAACUCAUGUAUGUAUGUGAGUAUGUCUGCUUACAAUGGGCUCAUGAGGAAGGUCGGCGCUCAGACACACGAGCUUUAACCGCCUAAAUGUACCUGAAGUAGAGUGUUUAUCUUUUUUUUAAGUCAUUAUAAUUGUGUUGAAUAAAUGCAUAGACUCUGAUGCUGAAGGCGGAUGGACCUGGCUGUCCCCCCCCCGCUGCCUGGAAUGUGUAGAGUCGGCAGCGGAAAAGGCCUGUUUGGUCAGAUCUGUCCUUCGCCAACUCGUCCGUCAUCUUUUCUCUCUGGACUUUCAGAACACCUCUGAUGACUUUGCUGUUCUGUUGAUUUUCUUUAUUUUCUGACUGUUUAAUUUAUGAGCCUCCCAGUCUGAUUAAAUUCUAUAAUUGCCUUGUAUGGGAACUCACUUUUUAUUAUUAAACCUCUGUUUAAAUACUGACUCUAUAUAUAAAAUAUUUUAAUAUAAUAGGAUAUGGGAAAUCUUUAACACAGGCGUAACGAAAGCCAUUCUGAUCUUUUAAUCCUGCUUAUUGAUACUUGUGUAUUGAACAGACUGCAUUAUGUAAAGGAGAAGAAAUGCUGAUGAUUUUAGUAUAAAUAAGACGUUGAAAUGAAUGCUAAGAAAAUAAACAGUUUUGGACUUUUUACAUGUA